GCCAACGAGCUCAUCGACAUCCUCAAGACUCCUCAAGCACACUACAUAACAAUAUGGCUCGGGGACCCAAAAAGCACUUGAAGCGUCUCGCUGCGCCCUCGUCAUGGAUGUUGGAUAAACUGAGUGGAACAUACGCUCCCCGCCCUUCCCCCGGCCCCCACAAACUCCGCGAAUCCCUCCCCCUUACUGUCUUCCUUCGCAAUAGGCUAAAGUACGCGCUGACUGGCCGUGAAGUUACCGCAAUCGUCAAGCAACGCUUGAUCAAAAUAGACGGCAAGGUCCGCACCGAUCCCACCUACCCUGCUGGGUUUAUGGAUGUCAUAUCAAUUGAAAAAUCUGGCGAGCACUUCCGUCUCCUGUACGACGUCAAGGGCCGUUUUACCAUUCACCGCAUCACCCCCGAGGAGGCCAACUACAAGCUCUUGAAAGUCCGUAGAGUUGCCAUCGGUGCCCGUGGUGUCCCCCACAUCGUCACUCACGACGGCCGAACCAUCCGUUACCCAGAUCCUCUCAUCCAGGUGAACGACACCGUUAAGUUUGAUCUUGAGCAAGGCAAGAUCACCGACUACGUCAAAUUCGACACCGGCAACAUUGUCAUGAUCACUGGCGGGCGUAACAUGGGCAGGGCUGGUGUCAUCGUUCACAGGGAGAAGCAUAUCGGUGGAUUUGAUAUUGUACAUGUCAAGGACUCUCUGGACAGGACAUUUGCCACGCGGGUGACCAACAUCUUUGUCAUCGGUGAGGGUAUCAAGCCCUGGAUCUCACUGCCCAAAGGCAAGGGUACCAAGCUCACGAUUUCGGAAGAGAGGGAUGUCAAGAGAAAGCAACGGGCCGAGCAAUAG